AUGUACAGCGAUCAGAAAAUACCACCAGACACAGAAUUUACACUCUUACUUUCAGAUUCACUGCACAUAGCAAUUUUGGCUUCCAUACUUUCUCUUAUCAUUUACUGGCUCAUCAGAGACAGUCAGAGAGUGAGAAACCUGAGUGGAAAGCAUGUCUUCAUAACAGGCUGUGACAACAGACUUGGAAACUCACUGGCUAAAUGGCUUGACAAAAGGGGAUUUUGUGUCAUUGCUGCAUGUGCCACAGAAAAAGGAGGCCAAGAGCUACGGUCCUGCUCCUCACUCUCGCUGAAGACAGUGAACCUGAACUUAGCUGACUCCAACAGCAUUGCCAGGGCUGUGGUGUUUGUGACCAAAGAGACGACUGGCAAGGGGCUUUUUGGCUUGGUGAGCAAUGCUGAAGGAACAGCACCUGUAGCACCCACUGACUGGCUGAGGAUUGAAGACUUCCACUCAGUGCUGGAUGUUAAUCUGCUGGGAUUGAUUGAAAUCACGCUCAAGCUUCUGCCACUUCUGAAAAAAGCUGAGGGAAGAGUAGUCAAUAUCGUUAAUGCCAAAGGCCUCAUGGCUUUUGUAGGAGGUGGCUACAGCCUGUCCAAAUGGGGCAUGGAAGCUUUCUCUUGACACCUUACGGUGAAGAUGCAGCAUUUUGGAGUUAAAGUAAGCAUUGUUGAGCACGCUUUCUUUAAGGCAGGAGUUGUUAAUUCAGAUGUCGAGAAAUACCUCUUAAGACUUUGGAACAGACUAAUUCCUGAGAUCAGGGACUCUUAUGGAGAAAAAUACUUUGUUGAAUAUAUAAAAGCUCAAAGAUCAUCAGUGAAAAGACUGUGUGACUCUGAUAUUUCUAAGGUCAUAAAAUGCAUGGAACAUGCCCUGAUAGCAAAGUACCCCAGGACACGAUACGCAGCUGGAUGGGAUGCAAAGUUCUUUUGGCUGUUUCUCUCCUAUGCCCCAAGCUAUUUAUCUGACAUGGUGCUGUGUAUGACGUUUCCAGCUCCAGCAGCUAGUGGGAGAUCAGUUCCUGGAGUUCUAAUUAACAUUUAG